GUUUUGUCUAACAUGGCUAGACAUCAGAAAUUGGACAAUAUGUCCGACGAAAAAUUUGAUUCAUUAUAAAUAUUAAGAAUAUAAAUUUAGAGUUAUUGAAUAAUUCAAAUUUAUCAAUGGGUGAAAAUAAAUAUUCUAGUGCUGUAAAUCAAAGUAUAGAGAAAAGCCGACUUGGAUGUAGUGUAUGUCUGAAAAAAAAUACUAAUGAUACUUUGAUUAAUCAUAUUGAUAUUUCACCCAAUAAACCAUGGCGUGAUAGAAAUCAUUUAAAAAAUAAUGUUAGCAUUACAAAAAAUGAAAAAUGUAUAACACUGUGUAAACCAACAAUUAAUGAAUGUUAUUGUAAUCAUAUGGAACAAUUAAAAAAUGAACCAUUCCCAAGACUAAUAUGUUCAAAACUUUUGAAAACUCCAAAUCUUAUUAAUGUGGACAAAAAAUGGUUACAUGAAAUAAUUGAAUUUAGACGAGAAAAUUGGUUUGAUUGUCAUUCGGAUUCAUUUAUUGAUCCUAUGUUUGUUCAAAAUAAUAAACCCUUUUAUAUUUCAAAUAACCACUCACUCAAUAGUAAUCAUCUAAAUGAUUUUAGAUUUUCAUGUCCUAUUAAUAUUAGUAAUUUUAAGACUGAAAAUACUUGCACAGAUUUCAAUAGUUCUGCAAAAAUAGGUAGCUACACAAAUGUUGAGAAAAAAAAUUCAGAACAAAAAGUUAUUGGCAAAAGAAAAAAAAUACUAAAUAAACCUUGGUAUCCAUCAUCAGUGCAUUUUAAAUUAUAAUUUUAAGUAUUUUUUUUUUUUUUAAUAAUAUGAAUAGCACUGUAGAAA